GGAAGGGCGGGGCACCAGCUGGUGGGGUCUCCUAGGACACCUGGAAUGUUGUCUUUUGAACAUUCUGCUUGGCAGCUGGAGGGAGAGAGCCAAGGGAGAGAGCUGGAGAGAGCUGACUGGACUCUUUCUUUGCUCAAGUUAUGGCAUCAUAAAGCAGCAUUGACUUCCAAAAAAAUUUGUAAGCAUGAAUGACAAGAAUGAAACCUCUCAGCAAAUGCACAGUAGUAAGCAGCUAAAUGUAGCAGCAAACAAAUUGAAUGAUAUUCCAGCAGCACUACAAGAGGUCAAAAAACAUCUUGGAGGUGCAGUAGCAGAAAAUAUAAUGGAGAAAAUAGAAAUGGCAGAAAGAAAGAAGAAAAACCAGAACAAUGAUGUAGAGAGAGCAAGCCGUAAACGGAAAUCAGAAAAUAAUGAAAAACUGGCUGUGCAAACAGAAGAAACAAUGUUAGAGACUGACAAUCCAUUAAUGCUGACAGUUCUGUCUCAUAUUCCUCUGAAAAGCCUAAGUGACAUAGAAACGAAGCUGGUCUACAUUGAUGAGGAUAACAUUUUCCUUGAGUUUGAUGAGCCUAUGGUGCUUAGCAGCACACAGUCAGGGUGUCGUGAUUCUGCACAAGCACAUGCUCUGAACACACCUGACAGCAGCACUUUGCCCCACAUCAGCAAAGAGCUUCAGAUGACCCUCCUGCAAGCCAGCACUUGCUACAGACAGAAGAACUAUGUAGCAGCAGUGGAGCAGUUAUCAACAGCAAUGGAGCUUUUCAGUAAAGGUGCUGCUGUAGACGGUCCCUUUGAGUUAACUCUAGAAGAUCUUCCUAGUAUUGCCAGUUUUAUUGAGGCAAAGCUUGUAAUCUGCUACCUAAAACUGAGGAAGCCUGGUGAAGCUCUCAAUCAUUCACACAGGAGCAUUAUUUUGAACCCAUCUUAUUUCCGGAAUCACCUGCGCCAAGCUGCUGUGUUUAGGUGCUUAGAGAGAUACUCUGAAGCUGCAAGGAGCGCCAUGAUCGCGGACUAUAUGUACUGGCUGACAGGAGGCACUGAGCAGCAUAUAAGCAAGCUCAUCAAACUGUAUUGGCAGGCUAUGCUUGCAGAAGCCAUCACUACAGAAACAUCUUUUUCUGCUAUGUACACACCACUUGGGACAGAAAUCAAAGCUGAUGAAAGAAACAAGUUAAAGACCAGGUUUGCUAAAAAGCACCCUGAUUAUGUGGAGCACAUAUAUACAGAUCCUCAUGGACUUCACAUCUUGCCACAGUCGUGUGAGUGGCUGGCUGAGCCUCCCCAGAAGUACUCGUUGACUCUGGGUUUCAGAAACGAACAUAUUGGAAAAAUCUUGGAAAGGUGGUCAAACAAAAAACUGCCAAUCUUUUCAGACCGGAAAACACCUUUCUGUCCUCUCACCGAAGAAGAAACAAAAAGAUAUUGGGAUUACACUGGGGAAAAGAUCAUGCCAGUAAUAAAUUUUAUAAGAAGCACCAAAUUAACUGACAAUCGCUGCGCAUGUUCAUGUGGGAUAGAGAAGUUGCAUUACGCCAGCUUCCUCGGCCGUCUGGGGAGAGUCGAGGAACAGUCCCAGGUGAUUAACCAAGCGAUGGCUGAGCUAGCAACUCUUCCCUACCUACAAGACAUCAGUGAGAAAGAUGUCAGAAUGCUGCGGUUGCUAAUGGCAGAUGCCAUGGACACCCUUGAAGGAAGGAGUAAUAUACGUGCGUGGAAUAAAAUUCAAAAGAUUGGACUAAUUGAAGACUACUUAUAUCAAGUAGAAGACGAUUACUUAAAGAACAAAAGGCAGAAAAUAGCUAAGAUGGAACAAACGAAGAGAACCCAAAGUACACAGCAACAUUAUAGGAACUACAGGACUGUCCCUUACAAGACCAGAAGUCAUAGCCACACAGCAAAUGAGAAUGUUAACUGUAAAUAAUUGACAGGUGGCUGAGCAAAAGCCACCUUUCCAGUUAAUGAGUCUUCCCCUGACUGUAGAGUUUCUUCAGCAAAACACCCCUAGAUUUCAUUAGUCUUUACUGGUAGGAAUAAAUCUCUCUGAAAUGGUUGUUUUAAA